AUGACGACGCAAAAUUUGGCUCUAACAGCUCCUGGCGGUUUUUCGGAUGAUCAAGUUUUGGUCGAUGCGCUUCCAUAUUUGGACACGGAAUACACAGAAGCCGAUCGUCAGAUGGCGCGAAGGUUGAUUGAACAAGAGUGCAAGGUUUUCAAACCAACGAAGAACUACCUCAAACAUUUGCCCGUGCCCGACUACGAAGCAUUUUUGACACCAGCGCUAAUCCAGGAAAACGCUAGGAUCGCAAAGAAACAAGAAAUGCCCCAAUUGGAUAUGAGCCGAUGCGAGUUGCCGUCACCAGCAGGAACACAACGCUCGAGCGAUAAAAAUGCGUGGAAAAAGUCUACUCGCAACGCUUACGCCCAAAAUGAGCACCUCCUUCUGCGGCAAAUCAACUUGGAAUUGCUUGAAGAAUUUGGACCUGAAGUUUCACGGCGUUGGACUGAAGAAUUGCAAACACAAUUGACAGUUUUGGAAACUAAACUUCGUGAAGUCAAGGAACAGUUAAUGGAAGUGCAUGCCAAUCGAAAAGUGACCCAACUGAAUGCGGGAAAAGCGCUGAAGAAUCUUGAGAAUAGUUGGGUCGAAAUGGUGACGAAAAACUACAGAAUGGAGAUGAACAACCAGCAAAUGGCCGAAUUCAUCGAAACGCAGGCCAAACAACUCGGCGUCGAUUUAACGAAGCUCAACAAUCAA